AGGGUGCCUUGAUAACCCGCUGUCGGCGGAUGAACUGUCAAUUCCGGUGUAUUUAAGGAGAGUGUUGUGUGCCGUAUCGUUUGCCAGAAAUUUGGGAAAUUCGUGUCGACUGAUCAGAGUCCACGAAUUUCCGAAAGUCUUUUUACAAAUCGGUUUUCUCAGCGUUUUAAAUUAAUAAAUUACUUUUAAUACGUGACCGCACCCGUCUUUGCCCAGUUAGGUGCGGUGAUUCAUAGAGAUAAUUUUCGGUAUUGAGCGUUUAUUCGAAUAAUAUCGUAUGUAAAUUCAUAGAGUUCUUUGUGGAAAUCAGUGACAAAAUGACAGAUGUUCAUAACUUAAGUGUUGAUGCUAUCAGCUGUCACGCUUGGAAUAAGGACAGAAAAGAAGUAGCUGUCUGCCCGAAUAAUAAUGAGAUUCAAGUUCACAAGCGUACAUCGAGUGGUUGGAAAUUACUGCAGAAUCUACAGGAGCAUGAUAUGCACGUUAUGGGCAUCGAUUGGGCACCAAAUACCAACCGAAUAGUUACUUGUUCCGCGGAUAAGAACGCGUAUGUUUGGACGCUAGAAAGUGAUGGAAAGUGGAAGCCCGGUUGGGUGCUCGUAAGAUUAAAUAGAGCAGCAACUUGUGUAAAAUGGUCUCCAUUAGAAAAUAAAUUUGCUGUUGGAUCUGGAGGUAAAGUAAUAGCUGUAUGCUACUUUGUCUCAGAAAAUAAUUGGUGGCAAUGUAAGCAUAUAAAGCGUCCGUUAAGGUCCACUGUAACCACAGUUGAUUGGCAUCCAGACAACAAAGUUUUGGUUGCCGGAUCGACUGAUUAUAGAGUUCGUGUCUUUAGCGCUUUUAUAAGUGAUAUGGAGGAUGCACCAGGAACAGGUCCUUGGGGUCAAAGUAAUACUUUAGGAACGUUACUUGCUGAAUUCCAAAAUAGUCCCAAUGGAGGUGGUUGGAUACACUCUGUUGCAUUUAGUCCUUGUGGUAAUAAAAUUUGUUGGGUAGCACACAAUUCAUCCAUAUGCAUUGCAGAUGCUACCAAAGGAAAUGCAGUUGUAAGAUUGUAUACAGAACAUUUGCCUUUUUUAAGUUGCGUUUGGAUGGGAUCCAAUUCCAUUGUUGCUGCGGGACAUAGUUGUAUGCCCAUGCUGUAUUCCAUAGACGACAAUGGCCAGUUGUGUUUUGUAUCGAAAUUAGAUAACACACAGAAAAAAGAGGCUGCCGGAUUAUCUGCAAUGCGUAAAUUCCAAUCGUUGGAUCGCCAAUCGAGAACAGAUACGAAUGAUAACGCCUUGGACAGUAUACACCAAAAUAUAAUUAAUUGCCUACGCAGAGUAUCCGAUAAUGAAUUUAGUACGAGCAGUUUAGAUGGCCAACUUGUAGUAUGGGAUCUCAAGCUUCUAGAGAAUUCCAUUGCUGGUCUCAAGAUAGCAUAAGUAAAAUUUUUUUUAUAUCAUAAAGAUGGAUGAAGAUAUUACAUCAAACACAAAGAUGUAUAAAUGUUAAAACUGAAAAAAAAUAUACAAUUUCUCAUUACUUCUCGUGGUAUCAGUCUCUCCCGUGUAAUGUUACUACAAUUUUUAUGAAGCCAAAA